CUUGAGAGUGCGGGUUUAACAACGACCCGUUUCGUUUGAAUUAAGUAUUCGUGUAGAACAGAGCGUCCAGAGCAGUUGUGAAGUUUGUUUGAGAACGAUAAUCUACCGUCCUGUGAAAACUAUUUUCUACUACAUUCCCCAAAAUGCCAGUUGAUAUCAAAUGUGUCCUGGUGUGCGAUGCUGUUGACAAUGCGUGUGUCAAACUGCUGGAAGAUCACGGAAUUCAGGUUGACUACAAGUUAAAGCUGCCGCAAGAUGAGUUAAUUAAGGAAGUUAAGAAUUAUGAUGCUCUCAUCGUGCGCUCGGACACGAAAAUCACGGCCGAGAUUCUGGAUGCGGGUGCAGGCCGGGUGAAAGCGGUUGGACGUGCCGGAGCGGGUGUAGACAACAUCAACAUUGAAGCUGCCACGAGGAACAAUGUGCUGGUGCUUAAUACUCCCGGAGGCAAUUCGAUUUCGGCGUGUGAACUAACGUGCUUCCUGAUCGGUGCACUUGCACGUCCUAUCUGCCCGGCGGCAACCAGCAUGAAGGAAGCCCGUUGGGAUCGGAAGAUCUACUCUGGUACGGAGUUGUACGGUAAAACACUAGCUAUCCUCGGACUCGGUCGUAUUGGGCGCGAGGUAGGUGUACGCAUGAACGCGUUCGGUAUGCGCGUAAUCGGCUUUGACCCCAUCACAACUGCCCAAGAAGCGAAGGCUGCCGGUAUAGAAAAGAUGGAGCUGGAGCAGAUCUGGCAGCAGGCAGACUACAUCACCGUGCACACACCGCUCAUUCCUGCCACACGAAACCUGAUAUCAGGGAUCACCUUCGCUAAAUGUCGAAAGGGCGUACGUGUGGUUAACGUAGCACGCGGUGGUAUCAUUGACGAGGCCGCGCUGUUGAUGGCCCUUGAAAGUGGCCAGUGUGGCGGAGCUGCAGUUGACGUUUAUGCGGAAGAACCCCCAAAAUCGGACAUCACCCGGAAGCUCAUCAAUCACCCUAAGGUGGUUGCUACGCCUCAUUUAGGUGCUAGUACGUCGGAAGCACAGGUGCGCGUUGCUGUCGAGGUAGCCGAACAAUUUGUCGCCCUCACUGGUAAAUCGGCCGUUUACACACAGUAUGCCGGUGUGGUAAAUCGCGAGGUAUUAAAAAAUGUCUUUUAAAUUGAAUUCGAUUUUGGCGUCAGAAUGAGCCAUUCUUGGUUGCGCCAGCCCGUCAAAAUCAAUCAUUCGCACACGGUCGGCGUGACGUCGUUUUCGGCACCGUGACGUUCUACAGGCAAUUACUGAUGAAAUCGACCACAGGGCAUGAAACUCAACACCAUCGAAUUUGUUACGAAUUCGACGAAUAGGAUAUAUUUGUGCAGAGAGUCACAAAUAACAAGCGCAGCAUAAGGGCCCGCACAUAUAACACGUACAAUACACAUAUAUGAAUGGAGAAAACUCUACGUAUGUAGAAAAUUUUAGCUUUUCAAAGGAUUUUAUUGUAUUGAUUAAAGAAAGAAAAUAAUAACAAACAAAAAACGAAACCAAUAAUGCUUAUUAAUGAUUGCCUGUGUCC